CGACGGACAGCUGCAUGCACGGUCCCAUCAGUUCAGCCAGUGCAAAGCAUGCAAUCAUUCGUCACCAUGUGUCAGUCCCCAUCGGCCAUACAUCAUCCGUACUACCCUACACGUGGUGCUUCUUCGCCGACGCCCUUCGGUGGAAGUUGUGUUGGGCAGUCUACGGAGACCAUGCCCGCGGGCGUUCCGCGUGGUGGUUCAAAGCCACAGGAUAUGCGGGUGGACGGCGGUUUCGCCGUUCGUGAUCAUCCUCUAUCUGUCCAGCAGCAGUUCGAUUUGUACGCAGCGAGGGCAUGCGAACACGGCAUGACCAUAGGUGCAGGUUUCGGCAUGCCAUUAGCUCACACAUUGGCCAUGCCCAUGGGUGGCAGGCAUUGGUCUCCCGAAUGCAGCCAGGGCACUAGGGGGUUGCUCGGCGUGCGGUGUUCUCCAUCUCCACCGGAGGGCGUUGACACAGAUGCCUCUUGGAAUCGGUCGAGCACAAGGUCCGUGUCCCCCGAGACUCGCAUGGAUUCACCGUACGAUGAAGGCACGGGCGACUCCGAAGCAGGCGGCGAAGACGGACACGCAGAGCAAGGAAAUGUCGUUCCCAUGGUGGCAAGUUCGAUGGGCGGGCAAGGUGAUGUCCACGGUCGGGGUGUGGGAGGUGAAGCGGUCGGCGGUCGACCUGCGAAGGGCCGCCCACCAGCUCAAAAGAAAUCAAACGUCCCAUGGACGUUGGACGAGCGGGUGAAGCUUGCGAUUUUGAUGGGUGAGGAUGAUGCCCUUAUGGCGGAUGCUAACAGCCAGCACCGAUUCAAGCAGAGGAAAAACCGGUAUGUAUGGGUGAAUGACAGGAUGAAGGACGUUGGCUUCAAGCAAAGGACCGGUGAAGACUGCCGCAAGAAGUGGUCGAACAUGCUGCAAACGGCCAAGCUCAUCGUCGAAAAGUGUGAAGCAUAUGGACAGCCGUCCAAUUGGGAUUUGUCUAUGGAGGAACGAAAGGAGAAGUCUCCCGCUUUCUUUUGAGAAGGCUUUGUGGGACGGUACGCAGUGGCGGCUAAAUUGGUCGUCAAUGAGGUGUGGCAAUACGUUGGCUUCGGAGAACCU